AUGUCAACGUCCUCGACUUCAUCUUCAGCAUCAGCAUCAGCUUCUGCCCAUGGUUUAGUGGAUUCUUCCUCCAAUUCAAAUUUCAAGAUCGUAGGAAUCUGUUUAGCGGUGGGAUCAGGAUUAUUGAUCGGAUCAAGUUUCGUCAUUAAGAAAAAAGGAUUGAUAGAGUCAACUAAGAAGUAUGGUAAUGUCGCGGGAGAAGGUCAUGGUUAUUUGAAAAGUUGGUUGUGGUGGGCAGGAAUGAUCACCAUGAUAGUCGGGGAGAUAUGUAAUUUCGUUGCUUACGCUUUCACCGAAGCUAUCCUGGUAACUCCCAUGGGCGCUUUAUCAGUUGUAGUAGCAGCGAUUCUAUCACAUUUUUUAUUGAAAGAGAAACUCACUUUUUUCGGCUGGAUAGGUUGUACAUUAUGUAUAAUGGGAGCUGUAAUCCUCGCUUUGAACGCACCUGAACAACAAUCGGUAACGACCAUUAAUGAAUUCAAGAAAUACUUCUUAUCAGUCGGUUUCUUAGUUUGGGCAGGAAUUCUAAUAGCUGCAAGUCUAGUCAUGGUCUUCUUCGUCGCUCCUAAAUGGGGUAAGAAAAGCAUGUUACCAUAUAUCAGUAUAUGUAGUUUGAUAGGUGGAAUAAGUGUCAGUUGUACUCAAGGAUUAGGUGCUAGUAUUGUUACUAGUAUACAAGGUAACAAUCAAGUCAAGAACUGGUUCUUCUGGUUCCUCUUCGUAUUCGUUGUAGUCACUCUGUUGAUCGAGAUUAAUUAUUUAAACAAAGCGCUGGAACUGUUCAAUACCUCGAUGGUUGUUCCUGUUUACUUCUGCUUCUUCUCCUCUGCAACUUUGAUCACUUCAUUCAUCUUAUACAAGGGACUCAAGGCAUCAGCAGUAACACUCAUAACGAUGGUACUGGGAUUCUUAGUCACAUGUUUAGGAAUCACUUUACUUCAAUUAUCAAAAGUAGAUCCUGAAACAUUAGAUAAAUUAGAUCGGAAAUCUACAAUAUUGAUGCAAGCUUCAAGACAUCAAACUGAAGAUGCUGAAAAGGGACAAGUCUCAGCAGCUGAAGAUCCAGGGAUGGAUGCUUUGAGAGGUGGAUUCGGUGCUGUUGGAAGUAUAAUUAGAGCAAAAUCCUUUUCUAGAAGAAUGAGCAGUGCUUCUUCUCUAGGAGGUGGUGGUAGUAAGAGUUUAUACGGUUACGGUAAUGGUAAUGGUAAUUUGAGUACCCAUGGUUUAGGUCAUCUAGAGAGAUUCCAAUUAUCCGACAACCCAAUGCCAUCAGAUGCGAUGGAUCAGAUAUCUUUACAUUCAGCCAAAUCUCCUUUGUCGCCCAAUUUGCCUGGACACAGUUUCCCAGGUGGUGUAGGCGGAGCACAUAGUUAUUUCCCUUCACCUCAAAGAUCAAAAUCAAAUCUCAAGGCAAGUUCAAAUCAUCUUUUUCCUUUAACUGAAAAUUCAGAAUAUAUUCUUUUAAAAUCCCUUCAAAGUUCAACUCCAAUCCCAGAUUCAAGUUUUUCUUCUCCUUCUUCCUCGACGUUUACACUCACUGCAACUUCUGCCACUUCAACGAUGAAAGCUGUAGCUAAUACAAUAUUUGAUUCUAAACAGUUCGAAGAAGCCGAUGUAGUUCAUCAAUAUCACUAUGGAACAGCACCUGAUGAAACUGCCAUUCAUACUUAUAGGAAGCACUCCCAUCCACCCCCUUCACCUUCUUCCGGUGUAGGUGUCGGUGGUGCAGGUGAUUUCCCAACUAUGGGUUAUCGACAGCCGUCAGCGACAGGAUCAGUAUAUCCCGUUAUAGAAGAAGAAGAUUUCGCGUAUGAUAAUUCUAAAAAGAAAAUUUCAACCAAAGCCUAUGCGAAUCUCGGCCCUCUCGUAUCACAGGGAACAGAUGAAUCGCCGUAUCAAUUGAAUUAUCUAGAUCCAAAUGGUAUCACUCAAAACAACCCCAACAUACCGCCCGCAGUAUCAUCAUCUUCUUCGACAAAGCUGAAUCCUCAACAUAAAGGAUUAUCAGGAUUAUUCCAUUUCCCUUCUGGACCUGAUUUAUCUCUAAACAACAAACAUCACAAUGAAAAACGACCAUCCAGAUCAAGAUCCAAAUCCAGAGAAAAGGAAAAGGAAAGGGAUAGGGAAGGUGGAGAAAAGAAAUUCCCAUUAUUGAGUAAAAAACAUCGUGAUGACGAAUUGGAUAAACAGGAAAGAACAGCUUUAGUUGAAAGUCCAUCUUUCAAUGACGAGGACAUUGAUGGAAUAUCAAAAGGUGGAAUAGGAAGUGAUGAUGAUGAUUACGAAGGUAGAACAACAGAAGUUGGACAUGCUGAAAUCGGAGUGGGUAAAAGAAUAAAUGUUUAUGAAAAUAAUCCAAUAUCCAUUCAAGAUCAAGAUCAAGAUCAAAUUCAAUUUCAACAAAACCGAAAUCUAGAUAAAAAUAUAACUCCUAUACCUACUACUGCCACGACGAGAACGACGUUUGGUUCGAAUUCAAGUGAUAGAUCAAGUCUGUCAGGAUCAGCAACGGGAUCAAGUACUGUUCAAGGAAAUAGAAUAUCCAGUGGAAGUGGAUUGAUGGGUCCUAGAGCUCCAAGAGGCAGGAACGAUCCACCAGGAUUCGCAGGACCAAGAUAUGGUUCUUAG